UCGAAUGCAUUGUUAGUUCAGAUCUUGAGAUCUGCUGUCACAGAUACUUAAAGUGAAUUUACAAUCAGUAGUUAAAAACGCUGAUAAUUUGCAAUCACGUAACAUCAAGAGUGAUUUUGUGAACUAUAUUUAUUUUAUUGUGAACACUUUGUGAUUUAGUUAAAAUUUGCAUUCAGUUGGAAGAAGUUACUAAAAUUAAAAAUUGAAAUCAUGGAGAAAAAUGGUCUUGAGAUUCCCGAACAUUUGUCGAUGGAGUUUUUUCAAAAAGCCAUCCAAACGGGGUUUGAACUUUCCAAUGUUCGUGUCGACAGGGUUAUUUUUUCGAUGGGUUGUGCGGGUGGCGAUAACUACAGUAGCCUUAUUUACAGAACUAAGGUUCAUUUCAAGACUGCUGAUGGCUCCGAAAAGUCUGUCUCACUCAUUGUCAAGUGCAUUCCAGUUGAAGGCGAUCGGGAGGUUUUCAAAAUAAUGAAUGUCUUCGGGAAGGAAGUUAUAAUGUAUUCCAAGAUCUUGCCUGUUAUUGAAAGAAUGUUGAAAUCGGUAAAUCUUUCGGGACAAAUAUGCCCAAGAUUGAUUUAUUCCCAAGAAAAUCCAAUCAACACGAUCGUUUUUCAAGAUCUCAAUGAUCUUCAUCUUGUGCUGGGAAAUCGUAAUCAUGGUUUGGAUGAGGAUCAUGCUAAGAUGGUGUUAAGAAAAAUUGGCCAAUUUCAUGCAGCCUCGAUGGUGUUUGCUCGAGAUAAUCCUGAACUUGUGUCUAUAUUCAACAAGUCAAUGUUCUGCAAGGAAGCUGAUUGUACCGUUCGAGAUUCUAUCUUUCGUGAGAAUAUUCGUGACAUGGCUGAUUUGGUGAAACUGUGGGAUGGUUUCGGUGACAUCGCUCGAAAACUGUACCAAAUCGAUGGUAGUUUUUACGAUCGCAUAGAUCGGUGUCUUAACGGGGGUGAAUCCUUCAAGGUCCUUAAUCAUGGUGAUCUUUGGGUGAACAAUUGUAUGUUCAAACACGUGAAUGGUCUUCCAAAUGACAUGUUGUUUAUCGAUUUCCAAAUGAGUUACUAUGCGAGUCCAGCAAUUGAUCUUCAUUAUUUUCUGAACACCAGCGUUCAACUUAAUGUUCUCAUUUCGAAGCGAUACAUUCUUCUAAGAACAUACUACCGAGCUUUGAAAUCAACUUUAGAAGCUUUGAAUUAUGACAAAAUUCCAAGUUGGGAAGAAUUUAAAAGCGAUCUCAGAGCAAAGGAAUUUAUUGGAUUUUGGGCAUUUGAAGCUAUAUUACCAUUGUUAUCGAUGAGCAAAGAAGCUUCGAAGGAUAAUAGUAUUGAAAGUUUCAAUAAUAAAGAAGAUUCACGUAAGAAACGUCAGGUCAUGUUUACUUCGGAUAGAUUUUUAAGCACUAUCAAAUAUUCUUUAGAUCGAUUUGAUGAAUUAAGUGUUUUAGAUUGAUAAAGUGGUGUGAUAUGUGAAGUGGUGAUAAAUGUAUUUAAUUUGAAUUUUAAUAAUUAUAUUGUAAGCGAAUAAGUUAAUAAUAUUCAAAGUAGUUUAUAAAGUGAGAUGAUAUGAUUAGAUGUAAUCUACAUGUAAAUUUAAUGAUCAAUAAACAUGCAACGUUGCAGUUGAUAAGUUUUCAGAAGUCGUAAACUAAAUGUUUAAAUUUUCGACACACGUCUAAUUAACAACUUAGUUCAUUGUUUACAUUUUUUGAUUUGGCUUGAAAUUAUCUUUUUAAAUGUACAAUAUAAAUAUUUUAAAAAAUA